GCUUUUGCCUCAACAUCGGCCAGCAAAUCACUACAAUCUGGGACUAGGUCUGCUACUUGGGUAAAAGGAAGGGGGGCGCCGGUUGCGGGACAACUAGAAGAGGGUGGCUGUCAGUUGCGGCUCACAGGACGACUGGUCAGCCUCUUAGAGAAUCUGUCUCUCCUUCGAAGUCAGCCAGGCAACCACUCGCUCCCCCCAGUGCUCAGCAACUCAGUAGGCAUCAAGAACAAUGUGAAUGUGGGCAGGGUGAAUAUGGCUGUGCUCAGCAGAUCAACGGCCGCGGCAGCUCCGCUCUCGAGCUGCUUCUCACAAGGCCCGUCUCUUUCUUUCAGUACGCAGGCAUCGGCCCCUUCCAUAUUUGGUCGCUCUUCCAAAUGGGUAGAAAGUUCAUCGUCUAGUUUGCAAACUCUUGCAUCAAUCGGUGCAUUCUCCGGGCGACGAUUCGGGGAUGCUUGCAGGCAAGGCGUUGAGGAAAGCUUGGGUUCGGGCAGGUUUAGGGCAGGGUUAGAGGAAAGCCCCUUCAGCUUGGGGCAGGCGCGAAUAGGCGCCGGUGAAACCAGGAUAAGGCGCACGGGCUUGCGGUGCGUUUCGAGCAUGCGUGAUCAUCAGGGAUCUCCAGGCGGGGGGGUGGCUAACGACCCCGUUGCCAAUUCUAGGGGUUUUGAAACCGAAAGGGUCGGCGGUUCAGACAGCAAGACAGGGACAAAUGCGUCCGUGAGGAGAGAAGCGUCUGCAAAUGGAAAGUCGCACACGCAGAGGGAAAGGAAAGAACUAGAGGCGGAGGAGAGGAUUGAGGAGGAAAACGUGGCAGCUAGCGAGGGCGCCGACCGGUUGCUGGCUCAUUUGGGCCGUUCAGGAGAUGCAGAAACGGGCGUUUUCAACAGCGCGGGGCUUUCAGAAAGCGCCGCAAGCUUGCAGAAAGCAAUGGAUGAAAAUAGUGUAAAUGGGCUCAGUGUGAACGGGGCUGGUGUAAAUGUGCAUGAGGUGGGAGAGGACGUGAAGGGGCGGAUGCGCCAGGAAGUGAAGGAACGGUGGAAACCGGUGCCGCCGCCGAUUACAGGGGAACCGAUUCCGGUGGCGCGACCGGACUUAGAUUCUCCUCCUUGGACCAGCAAGGUAUGGUGCAGCCCGGUCGACUACCGGCGCAAAAUCUUCUGCAAUCGCUCGCUCAACAUGAAGAGCAUCAAGGCCGUCGGCUUCGACAUGGACUACACACUCGCGCAGUAUAAGCCCGACACGUUCGAGACGCUGGCGUAUCAUGAGACGAUCAAGAAGCUGGUUAACAACUUGGGUUACCCACAGGACUGCCUCGAAUGGAAGUUUGACUGGCGGUACAUGGUGCGGGGGUUAGCAAUCGACAAAAAGCGAGGCAACAUCCUCAAGAUGGACCGUCACAAGUACGUCAAGAUCGCGUACCACGGGUUCCGGGAGAUGACGAGGGACGCCCGUCUGGAGACGUACGGAAACGCGCCGUCCCGAGAUACAUACGACGAGCCGGACUAUGCGCUUAUUGACACCCUCUUCUCGUUAGCCGAGGCGUACCUGUUCGCGCAACUCGUCGAUCUGAAAGACGAGCACCCGGAGCUGAUGCCGCCGGAGCGCGACUACGCGACGCUGUAUAAAGACGUGCGAGCGGCGGUGGAUCUUUGCCACCGGGACGGGAGCCUCAAGCGGGCCGUAGCGGCGGAUCCGGAGAAGUACAUCUUCAUGGACGAGCAGAUUGUGCCGAUGCUGGAGAUGAUCCAAUCUCGGGCCCCAAAACCUUCCUGGUACAUCUUCAUGGACGAGCAGAUUGUGCCGAUGCUGGAGAUGAUCCGCAAGUCCGGCCGGAACACGUUCCUGGUGACCAAUAGCUUAUGGGACUACACCCACGUGGUCAUGAACUACCUGUGCGGCAAGUGCGGCAAGAACAUCCCGCGCGACGACAAGUGGCUCCAGUACUUUGACACCGUUAUCGUGGGGAGCUGCAAGCCCGCCUUCUUCAUGGACGGCAACCGGUCGCCCAUCUUCGAGGUGGACCCGAUGACCGGUUUCCUCCUCAACACCGACAACGGCAGCCCCAUGGUUCAGGUGGGUGACAUGGCGCCAAAAGAGCCCCAUCACAUCGGCUCCAAGGGCUGCCGCACGUUUCAGGGCGGCACAGUCGCGCAUCUUCACAGCAUGAUAGGAGUCCAGGCGGGGGCGCAGAUAUUAUACGUGGGCGACCACAUAUACGGCGACAUUCUGCGGAGCAAGAAGCAACUAGGGUGGCGGACCAUGCUGGUCGUGCCGGAGCUGGAGAAAGAGCUGCUUACGCUGCAGAUGACAGCGCACAUACGAGAGAACUUCGACGUCCUGAGGCACGAGCGCGACUCACUGGACGACACGCUGCAGCGGCUGGCCUGGGCGCUCCAGUAUGAUUCGCCCGAUGACAAGGACCGUAAGGCCAUCAAGCAGGAGAUGGAAGAGGUCUUGGCCGCUCGCGACCACGCGCGCGAGGAGCACCGCCGGCGCCAGAAGGAGUUGCACCACAGCUUCCACCCGGUCUGGGGUCAGCUGAUGAAGACCGGCUACCAGAACUCGCGUUUUGCGCACCAGGUCGAGCGUUUCGCGUGCUUGUACACGAGCCACGUGGCGAAUUUGUGCUAUUACUCGCCCGACAAGAGCUAUAGGACGCAGGAGGACAUCAUGCCGCACGAGGUUGAGCUGUUGCCGUGA